AUGGACCCCCCCGCGGCCAAGCGGAGCCGGGGCUCCCCCGCGGGACCGGAGGAGCGAGAUGCCGGGGCCGGGGCAGCGCGCGGCCGGGGCCGACCCGAGGCGCUACUGGACCUCAGCGCCAAGCGAGUAGCCGAGAGCUGGGCCUUCGAACAGGUGGAGGAGCGCUUCUCCCGGGUACCGGAGCCGGUUCAGAAGCGCAUCGUCUUCUGGUCGUUUCCACGCAGCGAGCGGGAAAUAUGCAUGUACUCCUCGCUGGGCUACCAGCCCCCGGAGGGCGAGCAGGACGCCCGGGUGCCCUUCACCCGCGGGCUGCACCUGCUGCAGAGCGGGGCUGUCGACCGGGUGCUGCAAGUGGGAUUCCACCUGAGCGGGAACGUCAGGGAGCCCGGGGCCCCCGGGGAGCCGGAGCACCUCUACCACGUCUCCAUCAGCUUCGACCGCUGCAAGAUCACGUCUGUGAGCUGCGGCUGUGACAACCGAGACCUCUUCUAUUGCGCCCACGUGGUGGCCCUGUCCCUGUACCGCAUCCGGCACGCGCGCCAGGUGGAGCUGCGGCUGCCCAUCUCUGAGACGCUGUCCCAGAUGAACCGGGACCAGCUGCAGAAGUUCGUGCAGUACCUCAUCAGCGCCCACCACACCGAAGUGCUGCCCACCGCCCAGCGCCUGGCCGACGAGAUCCUGCUGCUGGGUUCCGAGAUCAACCUGGUGCACGGUGCCCCCGACCCCACAGCAGGUGCGGGCAUCGAGGACGCCAACUGCUGGCACCUGGAUGAGGAGCAGAUCCAGGAGCAGGUGAAGCAGCUGCUGUCCAAUGGCGGCUACUACGGGGCCAGCCAGCAGCUGCGCUCCAUGUUCAGCAAGGUGCGGGAGAUGCUGCGGAUGAGGGACUCCAACGGGGCGCGCAUGCUCAUCCUCAUGACGGAGCAGUUCCUGCAAGACCCGCGCCUGGCCCUGUGGCGGCAGCAGGGGGCGGGCAUGACGGACAAGUGCCGGCAGCUGUGGGACGAGCUGGGGGCCCUCUGGGUCUGUGUCAUCCUGAGCCCCCACUGCAAACCAGAGGAGCGGGCGGGCUGGCUCCAGCUGCUUGGCACAUGGGACAAGCUGGACGUGUGCCCACUGGAAGAAGGCAACUACUCCUUCGAUGGCCCCAGCCUGCAGCCCACCAUGGCUCCCAGCCCAGGCUCCGAGGAACAGGAAGAGGGGGAGGUGGCGGCCACAGGUUCCCGCCACACGGUAUUUGGCCGCGCCCUGCAGGCUGGAGACCUGCACUGGGAAGACCCUCACCUGCAGCGGAUCCUGGCCGGCGACUCCUACAGCCCCAGCCUCACAGGCACCAUGGGCGGUGACAAGUCAGCCUUCGACCCUCAGGGCCGCCCACUCUGGCUGGGCGAGCCUUUUCCAACUGCUUGUGCCCGGGUGGACACCCUGCGUGCCCAUGGGUAUCCCCGCCAGGCCCUGCGGCUGGCCGGUGCCAUAAUCAACACGCUCCGGCUCCAGCGGCGGCAUCAGCUUGAGAGCUACAAGCAGCAGAAAAAAGAGUUGCUCCAGAAAGGCGCCACCUGCAUCACCAACCGCGAAGGCUGGGUGGGCCACCCCCUGGACCCCAUUGGCUGCCUCUGCAGGGCGCUCCUGGAGGCCUGUCGCCUGGAGGAGGAGACCCUCUCCCUUUACCCAGACUCAGGACCCGAGAAGCGGAAGGUGGCCUACCAGCACGUGCCAGUGCCCGGGAGCCCUGGGGAGUCCUACCUGGCGCUGGCACUAGAGGUGGCACUGCUGGGGCUGGGGCAGCAGCGGGCCCUGCCCGAGGGGUUGUACGCCCAGGACAAGGUGGUGCGCAACGAGGAGCAGCUGCUGGCGCUGCUGGAGGAGGUGGAUCUGGACGAGCGGCUGGUGCAGGUGCUGCGCAAGCAGGCGGGGCUGCUGCUGGAAGGAGGUCCCUUCAGUGGCUUUGGAGAAGUACUUUUCCGGGAAAGCGUGCCAAUGCACACCUGUGCCCGCUACCUGUUCACUGCGCUGCUGCCCCAUGACCCCGACCUGGCCUAUCGCCUGGCACUGCGAGCCAUGAGGCUGCCCGUGCUGGAGACGGCGCUUCCCGCUGGAGAACCCCAUCCCACCCCGCUGGACUCCAUCCCGAGCAACCGCUUCCCCCGCUGGUUCAUCCUGGGCCACCUGGAGACCCGCCAGUGUGAACUGGCCUCCGCCAUGCUGACCGCAGCCAAGGGAGACCCCAAGUGGCUGCACGUUGUCCUGGGCUCCAUCCAGCAGAACAUUCACUCGCCCGCUCUGCUCUUCAAGCUGGCGCAGGACGCCUGUAAGACGGCCACCCCGGCCGGAGCGCCACCGGACUCCACGCUGCUCGGCAUCGCGCUGGAACUGGGCCUGCAGGUGAUGCGCAUGACUCUGAACACCAUGACCUGGCGGCGGAGGGAGAUGGUUCGCUGGCUGGUCAGCUGCGCCACAGAGAUUGGUCCCCAGGCGCUGAUGAACAUCAUGCAAAACUGGUACUCCUUAUUUACUCCGGUGGAGGCGGCCACCAUCGUGGCGGUGACCGGCACCACGCACGCCACGCUCAUGCGGCUGCAGCUGGACACGGCCCGGCGGGAGGAGCUCUGGGCCUGCGCGCGCACCCUGGCCCUGCAGUGCGCCAUGAAGGACCCGCAGAACUGCGCGCUGCCCGCCCUCACCCUGUGCGAGAAGAACCACGCGGCCUUCGAGGCGGCCUACCAGAUCGUGCUGGACGCGGCGGCCGGCGGUCUGGGCCACGCGCACCUCUUCACGGUGGCCCGCUACAUGGAGCACCGCGGCCUGCCGCUGCGCGCCUACAAGCUGGCAACGCUGGCCCUGGCGCAGCUCAGCAUCGCCUUCAACCAGGACAGCCACCCCGCCGUCAACGACGUGCUGUGGGCCUGCUCGCUCAGCCACUCGCUCGGCCGCCAUGAGCUCUCCGCCAUCGUCCCCCUCAUCAUCCGCAGCAUUCACUGCGCCCCGAUGCUCUCCGACAUCCUGCGCCGCUGGACCCUCUCGGCGCCUGGUCUGGGUCCCCUGGGGGCCCGCCGGGCUGCCAAGCCCCUGGGCGCCGACCGGGCGCCACUGUGCCAGCUCCUGGACGCGGCCGUGGCCGCCUACAUCACCACCAGCCACUCGCGCCUCACGCACAUCAGCCCGCGGCAUUACGGCGACUUCAUCGAGUUCCUGGGCAAGGCCCGGGAGACCUUUCUGCUGGCGCCCGAUGGGCACCUUCAGUUCGCCCAAUUCUUGGAGAACCUCAAACAGACCUACAAGGGCAAGAAGAAGCUCAUGCUGUUGGUGCGUGAGCGGUUCGGCUGAGGGACGGUGCUUGGCAUGGGACUCCUGGGGACCCCUGGGCCCUGCCUCCCUGACUCUGGCGGGCCUGGGCACUGGAGGCCCAGGAGGGGUUCAGUAUUAGCCAGGGAAGGAGCCCUGCUGGACGCGGGCAGGAGGUGGCAUCCUGCCUGCGUGCGUGCCUAGGAGUGUGUGAACGUGUGUAAAGACCCGAGGAGCACAAGCCAUACUGCCACCCAGAAGCCUGGAAGGGGUGUGUGCUCGGGCAGCUGGCAUGACCCCACCGGGGCCCCCCACAAGCAAUAGGCAAGCUCCCUCCUCAAAACUCAAAGCCCUGGCGUGGGCUCCAGGAGAGGGGCCGGAAGGCAGGCCUUCCCAACUGGCACUCGGGCCCACCAGGCUGGCCAGGGGACUUUAUGAGGACACCUGAAUCCCCUCCUGCUCACCUUCCUUCCCCUCCCCCACUGCUCAGGGGCCCCCCUCCCCUGUCCUGUGCCCCCUCCCUACCCUGCCAGGACCAACGCCCCACUUCCACUGAAGGAUUUCAAGAGGUCUCAGGCCUCAGCCACAUACCUCACCCCCUUGUCCUCCUGUCUGGCCAGGACCCCAUUCCCUUGGGCACCAGGGUCCCAGGGUGGGCUGGGUGGGGGGCCAUCGCUGCCCCUCCCUCCACCCACUAGUCACUGGACACAUGACUCAGGAACCAGGCGAGGCCCGUGUGCCCUCUCAACCUGGUGUUGGGGGAGAAAGGCAGGCAGCUUGGUGUCUUCAGCUGCUUGUCCCUCCCUGUCCCCCGUCUCCACCUCACCAUUCAGCCUGUUCUGUCUUCAUCUCUGUUAAGUCCCAGCUACUGUUUCUCCGGACUCCCCUCCCCUCCCCUGCCUCAGCCCAGGGAGGAGCAGGGAGGACCACCGUCCCCCACACACGCCCUCUUUUUUCCCUUCUUGUAUAGUAAGGAAAAAGAUCGUCAUUUUGUAA